AUGGCUGCGAGAAUUAUCAGAAAAAUCGUCCCAGCAGGGCGAGCUGGUGUAGCUCAGUACAGCACGGGGGUACGCAGGGUAACCCUUAUCCCUGGUCAUGGUAUUGGACCAGAGAUCACCGUAGCCGUUCAGAAAAUAUUCGAAGCUGCCAAAGUACCCAUUGAAUGGGAUGAGGUGGAUGUCACAGCUGUUAGAGGGCCAGAUGGAAAAUUUGGAAUCCCUCAACGUGCCAUUGACUCAGUUAAUGAGAACAAGAUUGGUUUAAAAGGCCCUCUCAUGACCCCUGUGGGAAAGGGCUACCGAUCUCUCAAUUUGGCUUUACGUAAGGAGUUUGACUUGUACGCGAAUGUAAGGCCUUGCAAAAGCUUGGAUGGAAUUAAAACAUUAUACGACAAUGUAGACGUUGUGACGAUAAGAGAGAACACAGAAGGUGAGUACUCGGGAAUAGAACACGAGAUCGUCGACGGAGUGGUGCAGUCGAUCAAACUGAUCACUGAGGAGGCCAGCAAGAGAGUGGCAGAGUUCGCCUUCCAGUUCGCGAGGGAGAACAAGAGGAAGAAGGUCACUGCUGUACACAAAGCUAAUAUUAUGCGCAUGUCGGACGGUCUGUUCCUGCGCUGCUGCCGCGACCUCGCCACCAAGUACCCAGACAUCAGGUUCGAGGAGCGCUACCUUGACACCGUGUGCCUCAACAUGGUGCAGGACCCGUCCAAGUUUGAUGUCUUGGUGAUGCCCAACUUGUACGGCGACAUCAUGUCGGACAUGUGCUCGGGCCUGGUGGGCGGGCUGGGCCUCACGCCCUCCGGCAACAUCGGCAAGAACGGCGCGCUCUUCGAGUCGGUUCACGGAACAGCCCCCGAUAUCGCAGGCAAGGACAUGGCAAACCCCACUGCCCUCCUACUUUCCGCCAUCAUGAUGCUGCGGCAUUUACAAAUGAACGAGCACGCCGAUAGAGUGCAGAAUGCCUGCUACGAGGUGCUACGCGAGGGCAAGUCGUUGACCGGCGACCUCGGCGGUACCGGCAAAUGCAGCGAAUACACAAAUGCAAUUAUAUCAAAACUA